AUGCUUCAACUACGUCAUCGAAUCACACCUUUUGUGUGGUCGAAACUCGGGGAUGGAAAAGACACUUCCAUAUGGUUUGAUAGAUGGGCUGAGCAAUGUCCAUUGAGUCCAAUGAUCUCGGAUAGGCAAAUUGUUCGAGCUGGGUUCUCCCUUGACUCUAGGGUGGCUGACUUGUGUUACAAUGGGGUAUGGAAUUGGCCAGACCAAUGGCGAUCUGACUAUCCUAUCUUGAAUAGGAUACCGGGGCCAAUGCUACAAUCUGACAUUAAGGACGAGCUUGGCUGGGUUGAUGUUGCAGGUAUUGUUACGGAUUACUCGUCUAAAGCAUGUUGGGAUACUAUUAGAGUGAGGCAAGCUGAAGUUCCAUGGACUCACGUCAUUUGGUUUUCUCAAAGUAUACCAAGACAUGCAUUUCUUGUAUGGCUGAUUGUCAGAAAAAAGCUUAAAACCCAAGAUAUGUUGAUGCAAUGGAACAAGAAUGGAAAUGCUAACUUCAAUCUCAUGUGA